GAUUCUAUUAACUUCCAAAACUGACUCGUCUCACACGCGCUUACUAUGAUUCACACGUGCGAAUAUGCCAUCAUAUAAGCGCUACUAAAAUUCAUUCCAAAGGAAAAAGAAAAAUAAAUAAUCGAUCUCAACCGUCCGAUCAUCCAUCUUGCCAUCACCGUUCACCAAUCUUCUUCGUCUCCUCUCUCUUUCUCUCUUUUUGCUGUUUCUAGCUCCUCUCUCUCUGGAUCUCGCCGGCGAACCGUUUCUCUUGGGUGUAAACAGUAGCAAUCAAGCUAUAGAAUCUCAGAUAUCGCUGAAUUAGCUGUUGGAUUUUAUCCGCCUUUUCUUCGUUAUCCGGGGCUCGGGUAUAAGGUUUCAUCGUCUUAUUUCAUCUGUAAAUGGGCUGCUUCCACUCAAAGGCAGCAAAAGAAUUUCGAGGACACGAAGACCCUGUUAAGCUUGCCUCUGAGACAGCUUUUAGUGUGAGUGAGGUUGAAGCAUUAUUUGAGCUAUUCAAGAGCAUAAGCAGUUCGGUUGUUGAUGAUGGUCUGAUUAACAAGGAGGAGUUUCAACUUGCUUUGUUCAAAAGCCGGAAGAGGGAGAAUAUAUUUGCUAAUAGGAUAUUUGAUAUGUUUGAUGUUAAACGAAAAGGAGUCAUCGAUUUCGGGGACUUUGUAAGAUCACUCAAUGUUUUCCACCCCAAUGCUUCUCUAGAAGACAAAAUAGAUUUUACGUUUAGGCUUUACGACAUGGACUGCACGGGUUACAUUGAACGACAAGAGGUCAAGCAAAUGUUGAUCGCGCUUCUCUGCGAAUCUGAAAUGAAACUGGCUGAUGAAACCAUAGAGAUAAUACUCGAUAAGACAUUUGAAGAUGCAGACGUGAAUCAAGAUGGAAAAAUUGAUAAAUUAGAGUGGAGUGAUUUCGUAAACAAAAAUCCAUCAUUGCUUAAGAUCAUGACUCUUCCAUAUCUCAGGUAUAUUACAAAUUGCCUUUUAUGGAAACCAAAGAAAACUGAAAAAUGCCAAAUGAAAUGUCAUAUUAACUUGUACAUAAACAAUGCAGGGAUAUUACGACAACGUUUCCGAGUUUUGUCUUCCAUUCGGAGGUCGAUGAGAUUGCCACAUGAAGAAACAAACUGGUUUAAGACCGAGUAGAUUGCCACGAGUUGGAAGAACAAGUCUGAGCUAAUCGGUGUAAUCAACAUCUGUUUGUAAACAGUAGUAGAGCAUAUUCUCUUGAAAUUGUUUGGGUUACUUUUUUCUUCUCACAACAGUUUAAAAUUUUGGGUUUUUAGCUUACAAAAAAAAAAAAAGAAGAAGCGCGUAAUCACCAAUCCUUCACUUCAUAUAGUUAGGAAAUGUUAAUGAGUUUGUACAUAUUACAUCAUACGUUUGUUGUAAUUGUUUUUUUUCAAGUAAAAAAGUAAAGAUUUGUUACGUUUACUCGGGGUUCUAAUUGUUCCAAUGGAAUCUUAUACUGCAAAA